AUGGAAAUGGCAUUGGGGGGGCGGCAGGUGCUGCCGGGCUCCCCUGGGAAGCAGCAGCAGCAGCAGCAGCAGCUGCUGCUGCAGCCAGAUGCUGCAGGGGAGACUGUCGCUGCACGACCCUGCCGUGCAACGCGUCGUUCGCGAGCUCAGCAGCAGCAGCAGCAGCAGCAGCAGCAGGAGCAGCAGCAGCAGCAACAUUUUGUGUCUCACGUUGCU